UUGUGGAAUGCUUUGCAUGUGCAGUGCGUGACGACUCUUGGAGGGAAUGGGAGAUAUUUGUGAGUUUCCGGCGUCUCUUUUAAAUUCAGAAGACGUAUCUGUCCGUCUGAUUGAGUAGAAAAGUCGCCACGGGUUGCCACAGAAUGAGUGCCCUCUCGAUUCCUUUGUGUGUUUCGCUUUUGGGGCUUUUCUCUGGCGUUUGCGUUGUAGGUGUUCGCAUUGAUUGUACAACAAUAGAAUCUUCAUGUGGAGCCUGUAUACAGAACAUAGACCCACCAUGUUCCUGGUGUGAGGAUGCAGAAUAUAUGUGGCUAGAGCAGCCAAGAGCAAGGUGUGACAACUUCAAGAAUCAUACUAGAAAUGGCUGCAAGAAGAUAGCAAAUCCUAAAUCUAAUUAUGUUACACAUGAAAGUAAACCACUUAAUGAAGAUGUCAAAGUCACCCCUCAGAAUUUAACUUUGUCACUUAGACCAGGUCAACCAGCAACUAUUAAAGUGGAUGUUAAGAUGCCUGAAAAUUAUCCAGUAGAUCUUUAUUACCUAAUGGAUUUAUCAGGCUCUAUGGUAGAAGAUCUUAAAAAGUUUCCAACUCUUGGCCAGCAGAUAGCUAAAGAAAUGAAUAACAUCACAAACAGAUUCCGUCUUGGUUUUGGAGGAUUUGUAGACAAGCCAGUAGCCCCUUACAUUGACACUGCACCUGCAGCCUUAAAACAUCCACUGGAUGCAACUGCAGCAAACCCUGUCUCUGUUCCAACUUUUGGUUUUAUCAAUCAACUAAAAUUGACUCCAAAUUACUCUGAGUUUGAAGUAAGUGAUUGCAAAAUUGGUUGGACAGACAAGCAGUCAGCCAGGAGAUUGGUUAUUGUUAUAACAGAUGCUAAUUAUCAUUUUGCUGGUGAUGGUUUGCUUGGUGGAAUUAUCAUACCAAAUGAUGGUCACUGUCAUACAGAACAUGGCAAGUACAUGGCCUCAACAACAAUGGACUACCCGUCUCCAGGAUUUCUCAAACAGAAAUUGGUUGAGGAGCAAGUGUCACCGAUCUUUGCAAUCAAUAAAACAAAAGUGCAUGUGUAUGAACAGUACAAGGAACUAGUUGACUUCUUUGGCAAAGAGUCUGGAGCUGUGGUUGAUUUACUGAGUGAAGACUCCUCUAACAUAGUUGAGCUUAUCCGAGAAGCUUAUGAGACAAUUGCCCAAACGCAGACAAUACGCGACACAGCACCAGAGGGUGUGAGGGUUAAUUACACAGCUUACUGUCCUGAUGGAGUACAAGUUGGGUCCAGGACAUGUGCUAAUGUUCAGAUUGGACAGAAGGUGUCAUUUGAGGUCUCAGUUACCAUUGAAGACUGUAAUCUGAAGGAAAAGAGUUUUUCUCUGGUCACACCAUUUGGAAAUGUGGAUAUAAAUUUGGAUUUUAUUUGUAGCUGCCAGUGUGAGAAAGAUAAGAAUGCAGAAGAAUCAAGCCCUUUUUGCUCUGGAAAUGGCACACUAACGUGUGGACAGUGUAAAUGUGACAAAGAUUGGGCUGGACGAAAAUGCCAAUGCCGAGAUGAAACUAAAAGUUCUCCAGAACAUUGCAUUAGGGACAAUUCAUCGGAUGCCGAGGUGUGCAGUGGACUGGGAACCUGCCUGUGCGGAGACUGCCAAUGUGAUAAGGGGUCUCGCCCUGGUGAAAUCAUUAACGGUAAAUACUGUGAGUGUAGCAACAUGGAUUGUCCUUCAGAUCGAGACACUGAUCUGAUCUGUGGAGGUCCUGAUCAUGGCCAGUGCGUGUGUGGGAACUGUAGUUGUAACGGAAACUGGACAGGCCCAUCUUGCAGCUGCACGACCAGCACUGAGGGAUGUAUGAAGGAUGGGGUGCUGUGUAAUGGUUAUGGCUCCUGCCAGUGCGGUACCUGUGUAUGUAACGGAUCCACUGUGUACAGGGGAAAGUACUGUGAUGAAUGUCCGAGCUGUGCUGGAAAGUGUUCUCUGAACAAAGACUGUGUGCAGUGUUUGGCGUUCAAGAGUGGUGCAAUCAAAGCCGAGGACUGCAGUACUCGCUGCAAAGAUUUCAAGAUCAGUCAAGUCGAUGAACUUUCUCCUGAAAUGGGAGAAAGGUGCACAUUUAAGGACGAUGAUGACUGUUCGUUCAGCUUCAGCUACAAAGAGAACCCUGGCAAGGAUGUGCUUAUAUCCGUCCAGAAGGAGAAAGUUUGUCCCAAAGAAGCCGAAGCACUUGCUGUUAUACUGGGUGUUGUCGGAGGAGUACUGGGUGUGGGUCUAGCUCUGCUCCUCAUAUGGAAGUUGCUCGCUACGAUCCAGGACCGACGAGAAUUCGCCAAGUUUGAGAAAGAAAGACAGAAUGCCCAGUGGGACACAGGAGAGAAUCCAAUCUUCAAGCAGGCGACCACUACUUUCCAAAAUCCCACUUAUGGGGGAAAAUGAGAGAAGAAAACCUCAAUUAUGGAGAGGAAAACUUUAGCUGUGAAUAUCUUAAUAUGGGAGGAAUGUUUUUACGAUCGGCUGCCUUUAUUUUAUGUUUGAUGGAUUGACGAAGGCCCUCCUGAUUGAAGGGUAAAAUAAAGAUCUAAUGCAUGCGCACAAGUUCCCUCUUGUCGACAUUACCAUCUGGGUUCAUCCUUUGCGCAUGCGUAGUGCCUAAGUUCUUGAAAUUCUAAGGUUGUGAGUUUAGUUUGGAGUUGUAGAAAGUAUACUGACGAUAAAAAUUUUCAAGUAAAUUUUGUCCUUAAGAUAAAUUUUAAACUCAAAGUGGCCAAGUGCUUACCUUUGGCAGUGCUUUAUUUAUUACUGUUAUUUUGAUACGGAAACAGUUUGUCUCGAUAUUUCAAUUUUGUUAUCUGAAGUUUGGAAGUACAUUUUACUAAGCUAUUUUUGUAUUCGUUUUCUUAACAAUAUUUUUUAGUACUAUUGGCUCGCCUCCUAAUUAUUGUUGUUCUUGUAGAUGUUGUGAGUUUUGCUUUUUGUUUGUUUGUUUAUUUGUUCGUUUGUUUAUUUUAUAAGGUUUUUACAUUUUCAAACUUUGUUGAAACUUAAACUGGCAAUUAAAUUUUUGCCUACUCAGCUUCAUCUGAUGUAAUUAAAUGUCGGUUGAUAUUCCC